GAAAAAUAUUAAUCCAUGUAAUGAAUUUGACGCUUCUCUGUUAUGACCACUCUCGUAUUUUGCUGGCAUACUAUUUGCAUUAAUGCGGUUGUUGAAGCAUACACAUAAUCCCGAAAUUAGCCCGGUUUCUGUGGCACUUAAUAACGGUUCGAAACAAACAGACAGAAAAAAACAACAACUCACAAUACGAGAAAGCUUUCUCUUUAAUACAACAUGUGAACCUAUUGAUGGAACACACCCACUCCCUCAAUCACCCAAACGUCUCUGCUCGCAUGACCGACUUCAUUUAAAUUAGUAGGGAGGGAGCAAAGGUGUUCCUCCAUCCACUGCACUAUCAGCUGGCUUUCUCACAGCUGCUGCUGAAACCACUGAAGAAGCAUGUUGUGACUGAAGACUUGAAGAAAACACAUUUUUUAAGCAAAAGAAAGAACAGGGCGGGUAGAACUACACGGCUAAAGGAGCAGUCGACCGGUACAGUUACUUUGCUGAGAGACGAACAAACAAACCAACGAAUUCAAGAGCGAAGUUAAGUUAACGUUAAGCUACUCACAACGUUAGUAUCAGCUAACUAGGCAUAAUUUGCGUCAACGUUAGUCAUAUUAUAUCAACAUGACGAGAAGAUCGUGUGCCAUUUAUGUUACGGGAAUUGUCUGCGCUCAUCUAUUAAUUCUUGGGAUCGCGCUGCUUGUGGCUCAAGUGUUUCAAACGAUGAUCCACAGUCGCUUGAAAAAGGAGAUGACUUUGACAGAAAAAAGUCGAGUAUUAGAUUCUUGGAUCAACCCACCUCCUCCAGUUUACAUGCAGUAUUAUUUCUUCAAUGUCACCAACCCUGAUGUUGUUAUGGCUGGUGGAAAGCCUUCAGUUACUCAAAUAGGGCCAUACACUUACAGGGAAUAUCGACCACGGGAAAAUGUGUCUUUUCUGGAGAAUGGCACAAAGAUUUAUGCCUUGAAUCCAAAAAGCUUUGUGUUUUUGCGGGAUAUGUCUGUGGGCGAUCCUGAGGUUGACCUCUUGACCACAGUCUACAUUCCUGUUGUGGCUGUGAUGAACGAGUUGAACUCCUACUCCUUUUUCCUUCGCACUUUUGUGUCCAUGUGGAUGAACUCCCAGGGCCUCGACCUCUUCAUGACCCGCACAGUUCAUGAGAUUCUUUGGGGUUUCAAGGACCCUCUGAUGUCAAAGAUACACUCCUUGAAACCUGACGUUGAUGAAUAUUUUGGACUCAUGUAUAAGAAAAAUGGAACCCAUGAAGGUGAAUUUGUCUUCCAUACCGGUGAACAGAAUUACCUGGACUACGGCAAGAUUGACACAUGGAAUGGAUUGCGACAUAUGUCAUGGUGGUCAUCAAAUCAGAGUAACAUGAUCAACGGAACAGAUGGCAGUGUGUUCCACCCUCUUCUAUCCAGAGAUGAACUACUGUACAUUUUUGCGGCUGACUUGUGCCGAUCUAUUCAUCUUGGGUAUGUGAACGAUGAGGUUGUAAAGGGCAUUCCUGCUUACCGCUUUGCCCCACCUUCUGAUGUCCUGGAGAGUCCAGACAAAAAUCCUGCCAAUGCUGGCUUUUGUGUUCCUGCUGGUGAUUGCCUGGGCAAAGGUGUACUCAAAGUCAGCGUCUGCCGGGAAGGUGCUCCAAUAGUUGUCUCCUUCCCACAUUUCUAUCAGGCCGAGGCCAAGUAUAUAAAUGCCAUCGAUGGGAUGAACCCAAACAAGGAAGAGCAUGAAACAUAUUUGGACUUGAAUCCGACAACAGGUCUGCCUAUUCGUGCCUGCAAGAGAGCCCAGUUGAACAUCAUUCUGAACAGAGUGAGCGGAUUCCCCAAAACAAAACAUUUUAAUGGUACCAUUUUCCCCAUCAUGUAUGUAAAUGAGACUGCAACUAUUGAUGAUGAAUCUGCUGCCCAGAUGAGGACACUGCUGCUCAUUGUCACAUUGGUGUCCAAUUUCCCCCUCAUCAUUGUUGGAAUGGGUGCUAUCCUACUAUUAGUCCUCAUCUUUCUAGUGUGUCGCUCUCGACAGAGGAAGAGUGAAGUAAAGCGUAUUGAUUUUUCUGAAGCUUUUCAUUCUUUUGCUACGGCCAAAGAUGACACUGCUUAUACUCAAGUCAGUGAUAAGCCAGAUGAUUCAUCUGAAAACCGCACAAGCCAACCAAUGAGGAACGGCUCCUACAUCGCCAUGUCACCUGUGGAGGCACAAAAGUGUUGAGGUUUUGAGGGAUUCUGACCAAUGAGCCUUUGCUUCCAGGGGUGCUUUCUCUAUUAUUUCUAUUCUCCUCAGUGCGCUUAAUUUUGUGCUUGUCUGGAAACAUGACGGCAUCAUUCCAAGUAUUUUCUUGGACAUAUUUUUGAUUUACCCUCUCAUUUCAGUGUUUUUAUGGAGUAUUGGCCUCUUGAUUCUCUUUACCAUACUUUAAAAAGUCCCACAUUCAACUGUGUCAGUGUUCAAAAGUUACAGUAGCCUGUCCACAGACUGAGAUGGCCAUGCACGAUGGGGUAUAGUACUUUCUCAGAAAAUGUGUGAUGUGCUCAAUGAUCAAUACCAUCUGUGUGUUUUCUUAGUAGAGGCCAAAGAACUCUAGUGGGUCAUGAGGUUAAUAGAGAAAAGGUUACAUUCUUUGGCCACAGUCAGAUAAGCAAACAUGACACAAAAUCCUGUUAAGUUAGUACUAUGACUUUUUGGUGUAUCUUCACACUACUGUAUCCAGAUUUGCUGAGCGAUCAGAGCAUUGUCCAUAUGCAGUCCUUUUUUACUGUAGGAUAAUUAAUCCACUGAAGGCUAAAUCAUCUAACUUUUUGCAUAAGUCGGGGAUUGGGACACCAUCUAGUCAUGGCAUUGUUGGUAUGCGUGUGCAUGUGUAUGUGUGUCCUUUUGCCAAUUGCACUGGCAGACCAAGAACCACUUAAAUGUAGCACUACUGACCUAAAUAUUUCCCUAGCCUUUUUUAUUUCUCUUUUUACAAGUGCUUUUACAAAACAAUGAUGCCAUUGCCUGGACACAUUAACCCAUUUGUUCUCCAUCAUGAUGAAAUGAUAUCCUUGUCAGAGACAGGCAGGCACCCUAUAAGGUUACCUUUAAAAUGUCAGAGACAUGAUCCUGGAAUCAUGAUGUAUUUGUAAACUUCUUUCACAAUGAAAAAUGGGAUAUUUGUUCAGAACGUACAAGCAAGACUUGGAAGGAUAUUAUCUGCCUUAUGUCUUCUGCAUGGCAAUAACAUAACAUCAAGUGGACAGCCAGACUGUGUCCAAACCCAUCCAGAGAAGAGCCAUAUUGAUGUUUUUGUGUGUGAAUGUGUGUAUAUGUGUGGUUCAUUCUUUCAGCAUACAUUUUGAAUUUUUAAUAGAAGAACUUGAAAGCACAAUAGAACUCCAUUGAUGUGGGGUCCACGUGGCCAGCUGUUCAUAAUGUCUUAACUCUACACUGUUUUAGGGAAUAAGCAUGUACGUUAUCGAAUGGAAGUGGUAUGAAAUGGGAUAAUUUAAUAUUUUUUUGUUUCAUGCCUAAUCUCUGGAGUACAUUUGACCACCUGGCCAAUAUUUCUUAGAAUUGUAAAAUAGUCAACUGGAAGAUACGUUUAUUUCCUCAUAAUUUUGAUUUGUGGAUUUCAUGGUCGUAUCAUUUCAUCUUCAAGCUCAUGUUUUAGGUGUAUUUUCACAAUUUAUGAAUGGCUCUUCAAUGUAUCAUUCCUUUACUUUAGUGAUCCUUAUACUACUUUGCUGCUAAUGAAAAUGUUCAUGCUUUUCUUUGAGCUGGGAACUAAUCUUCAUUAGAAAUCAGCAGAAAAGCUACAAACUUACUGCACUGGACCAGAUUUUUGUAAAUCGGUGGUGAGAACAAAAAGUUUGCAUGCCCUAUGCUUUAUUUGAUCAUCUCGGUCAGCCACACGUGCAUAUAACAACUUUUUUUAGAAACACAGAUUUCAUUAUUGUAACUUUUUUUUAAUUUUAUUUCUGAGGUAUACAUUUUGACAAGUAUUGAAGUAUUAGAACUGGAACAUUAAAUGUGUUUAUUGAGACUUAAUUCUGUUGAAAACAAAGGGAAGUAGUCUGAGUGUUGGUGCAGUUAUGGAUUGUUAUUUGGGAAUACCUGUCAGCCUUUUGGCCUCUGCUCUGUAUUCUGCAGUGCUGUGCACAACAGUCAGUGCUAGGAAUAGCCUGAAUGAUGAGCCCUUAUGGAAGCCUAAAGGAGAUUGUAGUUGCUGGAUUUGGUGGUGCAGAUGCUGUAAGACGCUUUGUGACUUGAACCUUUAGACCUUAACUUUGAAGCAUGUUAAAUAAUUCCACACAUGCUCACUGGACCAUGGCCGACUACUUUUUUUCAAGAAGUUCUUGUUCAUUCACAACCCCAGCACAUUUGACCAAAGAUAUCCUGACAGACCAGUCCCCAUGUUACUUUAAGUAACUAUGUCUCCAUUGUUACACCUUCUUAAAUGGAGGCACAGUAUGAACAGUAUUAAUGAAAGAUUACAGUGCACGUUCUAAAAUGGAUGCCACUCAGUUCAGUUCAAAUUUGUGUAAAUGAAAAAGUGUUGCCAAUGUGAUAAAACAUUCAGUAUUAUAUAUUGACAGCAAUAUCAAAAUUAUUUUCAAGACAAACAUGUUUUAUGCUAAACCUUAUCCUUGGUUGUGAUCAUUUCAAUGUUUUUCAUUAUUUUAUAUACCUGCAUUUUUGUAAACUCAGCAUUAUGAUGGUGUUUUUGUUAUGUUAUGUUAUGUUUUCUUGAAGGCCAGAUGUCUUGCUGUGCAAAAAUCAGUGUAAGCAGAGAGAAUUACAGACAGAAUGCCUUGCCAGGUAUAAGUAUGUGUGAUGGCCUUUGUUGAUCACAAUUGCUAAAGUUUGUUCAAGUGUGUCAGACUGGUGUGGUUGUCAAUGGAAGGCUGAAUGUCUUUGAGGAAGACUAGUGGAGAUUGCUGAAGUGUCAUGAUUUGGGGAUGCAUAAAUUUUGCAUUCUAACCUUCUGCUUAGAUGAAUGAAGCCUGCCAAUCAGGGAUGUACUCUUGGUGCCAUAUCCUUGUUUACUUAAUCUGCUUUUUUCAGUAACACUAUGGUAUUAAUAAUGUAGCAUUUGGAAUUUUUUUUUUUUUUUUUUUUUUUUUUUCCCAUUUUGACACUCUGGUCCAUCAAAAUUUCACCUAAAAGUCCUGUAAAUUGGUUAAGAUUUUUUGUUGUUGCCUGCAAUGAAGUUUUUGCUGCUGAAAAUGACAAUCUUAAUGUCAUGAUAGGUGCAAAAUCAUUUCAAAAUGAUAUCCAUUCUUACUUUUGAUAAAUUACACUGCACAAAUGUUUAUACAAUGCUUUUGUAAACAUUUUUAGUGUUAUUUGCAAAAAAUAAAUAAAUAAAAAAUA